UCCCUGACGAGAGGGCAGGAGGGGCAGCGACGCUCAUGCUCCUCACUUUGUGUCGCACCCGCCUGACUGGGGCUACCUAGGGAGUACCGUCUCCCGGAAGAGCCCCCAGGUGGAGAAGGAAAAAAAAAAAAAAACCCAAAAACAGCCCCUCCACAAAACCUGUGGUUCCUCCAUCCCUUACCCUCCUUUCCCAAGUCGGCGUGGACGGCCGAACCGGCCGCCUAGUUCACCCGCGCCCUGCCCACCACCUCUCCGCCCGAGGGAGGAUGAAGAUGCUUUGCUGGAGGAUGGCACUGUGGUUGGCCGGGUGGACUGUCUGCGGGAAGCCUUCCUGCUGCUCUGGCCUUGAUUAUGACUACACUUACGAUUUCACUGAAGAGGAUAAAGCCGAGGCGAUAGAUUAUAAGGAUCCUUGCAAAGCUGCUGUCUUUUGGGGAGAUAUUGCCUUAGAUGAUGAAGACUUAAAAAUCUUUCAAAUUGACAGGACGAUUGACCUUACACAGCACUCCAAUGAAAGACUUGGCCAUAACACAGGUGGCUUUGGAGAGCAUGGAAUGUCAAAAAAACACGGUGCCCUCUAUCAGCUUAUAGAGAGGAUAAGAAGAUUUGGCUCUGGUUUUGAGCAAAAUAAUACAUCUAAAGGAAGAACUACUGCAAAAUUCUCAGGGAAAAAUGAGAAAAACCGAUUUCCCAGAGCUGCUACGUCACGAACAGAAAGAAUAUGGCCAGGGGGUGUCAUUCCAUAUGUAAUAGGUGGAAAUUUCACUGGCACCCAGCGCGCCAUGUUCAAACAGGCUAUGCGGCACUGGGAAAAGUACACGUGCGUUACGUUUAUCGAACGAAGCGAUGAGGAAAGCUAUAUUGUAUUUACAUACAGACCAUGUGGGUGCUGUUCUUAUGUGGGUCGAAGGGGAAAUGGUCCUCAGGCUAUAUCUAUCGGCAAGAACUGUGAUAAAUUUGGCAUAGUUGUCCAUGAAUUGGGUCAUGUGAUAGGUUUUUGGCAUGAACAUACACGACCAGACCGUGAUGACCAUGUCACCAUCAUUAGAGAAAACAUCCAGCCUGGUCAGGAAUAUAACUUUUUGAAGAUGGAGCCUGGAGAGGUGAACUCCCUUGGGGAACCAUACGACUUUGACAGCAUUAUGCACUAUGCCAGGAACACCUUCUCAAGGGGCAUGUUUCUGGAUACCAUUCUCCCUUCCCGUGAUGAUAAUGGUAUACGUCCUGCCAUUGGCCAACGUACUCGUCUAAGUAAAGGAGAUAUUGCACAGGCAAGAAAGCUGUAUAGAUGUCCAGCCUGUGGAGAAACGUUGCAAGAAUCUACAGGCAACUUUUCUUCUCCUGGAUUUCCAAAUGGUUAUCCUUCAUACACACACUGCAUAUGGAGAAUCUCUGUGACCCCAGGAGAGAAGAUUGUUUUAAACUUCACCACCAUGGACCUUUACAAGAGCAGUCUCUGUUGGUACGACUAUAUUGAAGUAAGGGAUGGCUACUGGAGAAAAUCCCCUCUGCUUGGCAGGUUUUGUGGUGACAAACUGCCAGAAGUCCUUGCAUCCUCUGACAGCAGGAUGUGGAUCGAGUUCCGCAGCAGCAGCAACUGGGUUGGGAAAGGUUUUGCAGCAAUUUAUGAAGCUAUCUGUGGAGGUGAAAUCCACAAAAAUGAAGGCCAGAUCCAGUCUCCCAAUUACCCUGAUGACUACAGACCAAUGAAGGAAUGUGUGUGGAAAAUAACAGUGUCAGAAAACUACAAUGUAGGAUUAACCUUUCAAGCAUUUGAGAUUGAAAGACAUGACAACUGUGCAUAUGACUACUUGGAAAUUCGAGAUGGAACAAAUGAAAACAGUCCUUUAAUUGGUCACUUUUGUGGCUAUGACAAGCCAGAAGACAUUAGAUCUACCUCUAAUACCCUGUGGAUGAAGUUUGUUUCUGAUGGAACUGUUAACAAAGCAGGCUUUGCAGCUAACUUUUUUAAAGAGGAAGAUGAAUGUGCCAAACCAGACAAUGGUGGCUGUGAGCAGCGCUGUGUAAAUACUCUGGGCAGUUACCAGUGCGCCUGUGAUCCUGGAUAUGAACUUGGUCCUGACAAAAAGAGUUGUGAAGCUGCUUGUGGAGGACUCCUGACAAAGCUAAAUGGGACUAUAACCACACCAGGGUGGCCCAAAGAGUAUCCUCCAAACAAAAACUGUGUGUGGCAGGUGGUCGCCCCAACGCAGUACCGAAUUUCAAUGAAGUUCGAGUUUUUUGAGUUAGAAGGAAACGAAGUUUGCAAGUAUGAUUAUGUAGAGAUUCGUAGUGGCCUUUCUUCUGAUUCUAAGCUACACGGUAAAUUCUGUGGUACAGAAGUGCCUGAAGUUAUCACCUCUCAGUACAACAACAUGCGAAUUGAGUUCCGAUCUGACAAUACUGUGUCAAAAAAGGGCUUCAAGGCACACUUCUUCUCAGACAAGGACGAGUGUUCGAAGGACAAUGGUGGCUGCCAGCAUGAGUGCAUCAAUACAGUAGGAAGUUAUGUUUGCCAGUGCCGAAAUGGAUUUGUGCUACAUGAAAAUAAACAUGACUGCAAAGAAGCUGAGUGUGAACAGAAGAUCCACAGUCCCAAUGGUAUCAUCACGAGUCCCAACUGGCCUGACAAGUAUCCCAGCAGAAAGGAGUGCACAUGGGAAAUCAGUGCCACCCCUGGGCAGAGGGUCAAAUUGACGUUCAAUGAAUUUGAAAUAGAACAACAUCAAGAAUGUGCUUAUGACCACUUGGAAGUAUUUGAUGGUGAAAGUGAAAAAUCACCAAUCCUGGGGCGCUUAUGUGGCAAUAAGAUACCAGAUCCUCUUAUUGCUACUGGAAACAAAAUGUUUCUCCGCUUUAUUUCUGAUGCAUCAGUUCAAAGAAAAGGCUUCCAAGCAACACACUCUACAGAGUGUGGUGGUCGGUUGAAAGCUGAAACCAAGCCCAAAGAUCUGUACUCACAUGCUCAGUUUGGUGACAACAACUAUCCAGUUCAGGCAGACUGCGACUGGCUCCUGGUGGCAGAGCGUGGCUAUCGGGUUGAGUUAAUGUUUCAGACUUUCGAGGUUGAAGAAGAGGCAGACUGUGGUUACGAUUAUGUGGAACUCUUUGAUGGUCAUGAUAAGGCAGCAGUGAGACUCGGUCGAUUUUGUGGAUCUGGGCCACCAGAAGAAAUUUACUCAGCUGGAGAAGCUCUUCUACUUCACUUUCACACUGAUGAUACAAUCAACAAGAAAGGAUUUCAUAUACGAUACAGAAGUAUAAAAUAUCCAGAUAGUGUGCACACCAAAAAAUAACACAAGAACCUCUCUGUCAGAAAAGGAGAGUGUGAAAGUAAGAACGCACAGUAAAAAGAAGGAGGGCGUGUCUUUUUUUUUAAUUGAAGUUAUUAGCACAAAUGUUUAAUAUAAGUUCAAUUGAAUUGCCGACUUACAAGACCAGAGACUUAAAUAAAAUAUAAGAACAAAAUCACCUAUCCCAGUGGAAUAGUCAAGAUGAUGAUGUUCAGGCUCCAUACUUGACUGUCUCUGCAGAGCUUGUGAAAGGACUGUGCGUGCAGGGAGAAUAUAAAAGCUUUUGUUAAUGGUUCGACGUUUGCCAGAACUGCGUGCAGAUUCAAUCAGUUGCAUUCAAGGGAAGUGACCCUGUAGACUGUUCCUCCUUCUGACAAUUGUGUGGUGUCUGGGAGGAAAAAAAAGUUCUUUUAGGUCACACACUCAGAAUACUGUCCUCCUAUCUAGUUGCUUUGACUUUGUAUCCUGCAUAGAGUGUGUACAAGGACUUGAAAGAAGAUAUGAAAUGGGAAGGUCUUCCCUCAUUGUUCUGUAUUUUUUACAAAUUCAUCUGUCAUAUCAGGUUAUCAGUGUUUUAAACUGGAAAAUCCUACUUCUGAAACAUAACUGAUCUAUAGAGUAUUUUGUUUUACUAAUAACUGAGAAGUCUGAACUGUUACAUCAGUCAUCCCUAGUGAUCAAUCACUGGUUGACUGAAUUUGAAGAGUUAAGCAUCUGAAAAUGCUUGGUUUACUGGUUAAGUAAGCUAUCUCUGAUGAUGUGCUCUUAUUUUGCACUGAAUAUAGAAAGAGACUGAGUUGAAGACCUGUCCUGAAUCAAAAUCAAUAUCCAUGCAAAAGAGAAAUAAUCAAGGAUCAUCUGGAACUCCUCCUACUGAAUUUGUUUUCAGCAGUACAUUUGAAAAUACUGCUAAGCUUUAUUUCUUCAAACCUUUUUGUGAAUGAGCUAUAUGCCUGGUUUAGCUACUCAGACAUGAAGCUGUAAUAGUAUCCAAGAGGAAAGUUUCCCAAAGACAGGGUUUUUUUCUGAGAGUAAGUAUAUCCGUGAUGGUUAAACAAGCAAAAUAGAACAACAGACCCAGGAUUAGUUUGAUAUCGAGAGUGAAUUCCUAUGGUGCUAUUCCAUGAACAUUAAAAACAAAAACAAACCAAGAAGUUUUAGACUUUUGAGCCAACAGUUUGCAGAUCAUGAAUGUCUCACUAUACCUGGCUGCAUCUGGAAAAGGAAGGCUUUACUGCUCCGAGGGAAAGUGGGUUGCAAUGGCAGCGCUAUUCCUGUGGAACAACUACUACUAUUGCCUUAGAAUCCUUGCACACGAUCAGACAGAUCUUCCUGUAGAUACACCUCUAAUUUGAUAAAUAAUUGGACAACUCGGUCAUCUUAAAGUACAUUAACAAAAGGAUCUUCAAGCAAAAGCCCCAUCUUCAGAGCAAGAUCAUCUGCUGUAAAUACAGUGACCUGCUUUUGUUGUAGAGACAUGUUGCGUUUAGAACUGAGAUAUUCUAUGUGCUUUAGGCCAUACAUGACUUUAGUCAUAAUGUAUAUGCAUUAUGUAAGUAUUGUAUGAAUGAGUGCUCCAGGGGAGUGAGAGGUAUUGUAUGGGUGAAAACGGAAUUGUUUCUUUAUGUGCCAAGUUCUAUCAGGACCCUGUUUGACUGUAGCAACUUUUCUUUAAAGGCUUCAUAGACAGAUAACAAGGACUUCUAGUUGGCAAGAAUCAGGUUUAAAUGAAGUAUUAUGUUUCACUUACAAGAAAUAUUAUUUUGAUAUCCUUUGAUGUAAGUUGCUACUCAGAUUAGCUUAGUUUUUGUUUCCUUACUAUGAACAUACAUUGGCACUAAUAAAUCUGAACUUUUUAUAAAAAUAAAACCCAAAUGUCUGUA